AGAAAUAUGACUUCCCGGUACCGUAUUCACAUUUAUUAGAAAGUAAACAUAUUUUCAAGUCAUCAAAAAUUUGACCUACUGCAAAUAAAAUUGAAAAGCAUAAUGUGUUCAAUGGCUGAGAACAUCCGAAUGGAGACGCAUGGAGAAGAAGAUCAGCUUCAGCACUCGCCUCCCGACGAUGAAUCUUCGCCUCCAUGGUUAAACGAACUUUGUGGAGGAAACAGACAAAUCCAGUUAUGGCAUUUUAUACUUGAACUUCUACAGAACAACGAAUAUUGCGAAAUCAUAAGUUGGGAAGGCGACAAUGGCGAAUUCGUGAUUAAGGAGCCGAACGAGGUUGCUAGAAUGUGGGGAGAAAGAAAAAGAAAACCGGCAAUGAACUACGAGAAGCUGAGUCGAGCUUUAAGGUACUAUUACGACAAGAGGAUUUUGUACAAGUCUAAGGGCAAGCGAUAUGCAUACCAGUUUAACUCGGCUGCUCUGCAACUGCUGCUAAAGCGAAAGAAUGCAAGAAAUCGAGCCAAAGGAUCAGUGUCUUCAGAAAACAAACUGAUGAAAGGUAGAGAGCAUCUCCGUUCUUCCGCUGACAGUCUCUUCGAUCCGAGAAUGGUGUCUUCCCCAGACUCAAACUUUAUGAGACACGACAGUGACGAUGAGCACGAUCAGUUAAACCUUCGUUUAGUUCGACCGAUUCCCGUUUUCGGCGCCGGAAAUGCUGCCCGCAAUCGCGGCGAAAUAAACUCGUUUUCCCCGAUGGAGCUUUUUAACAGCAGCCCUUACGCUUCGGCAUUAUUGUCGCCUCUCCAUCUACACGCUUCGAUGCGGAAAAUGAACAUGCACCAUGGCCACCUGCAACCCAGCAGUCUCGCCCACGAAAGUAUGAAGUUGGGCUACAGCAGCCUCUGGCCCACUCGUUCCGACUUAGCCACGUGUGACAAACCUGUAGAGACCAAACGCCGCAAGGACCGCGAACAUUUCCGAACCAGUAGUAACGACGAAUUCGCAAACUUGUCGAAAAACGGGUCCUCUCCUGAUAUUUCCCACAUUGCCGUGAAGGAAGAGCCAACAUCACCCGGCUACGAAGCAAAAUUCAGUAGUUUUCGGCAACCGGGUGUCACCUCAAGACCAAAGGCAUCAAGUCAAACACACUACUCAGAUAACAGCAAUCGGCACAAACGUUCGAUGUCUGCGUCGGGUCAUUCAAUUCAUGCACUUUCGGAUUUUUCGGCAAUUCCUCACACACAAAUGCAGUCGUAUGCACAGAGAACAGGCCACAACCGCAAUCAUUCGCACGAUUUUGCGACUUCGGAAUUUUCCACGCCACAGCACACGCGCUACAAGCAAGCCAGCAGCACUGCUGUCGAUCAUCAAAAGGAAGCGCAACGACUUCACCGUACCUGGGCACACACUCGAUCAGGCGUGCCUGCUGACGUAGGAAUGUUCAGCUUUAAGCAAGAGGAUAUCCAGGCUUACAAGCAUGAGGCGCAUCGCCCAAGUCCAAACAAACAACACCGUAGAACAAAUUCAGAGAGUUUGUGGCAAUGGAGAAACGAAACUAGACCAACCGGGCAAAUAGGUUCCACAACUACCGCCCAAAAAUCUGCUUUAUCCGGACGAGGCAGUGGAACCAGGAUGGUUGAACUGAAACGGCCAAGCGAAGAAGAAUUGAGACAAUCCUUAAAAUCGUCUCCACCAAAAAAUGCACAUGAAAAAGCCAGAGCGAGAUCGACCAGUAAACCGCUUCCAGUAGUACAAGAAGGAUUUAUUGAACUAAAACGCCCAGAACACUACGAGAAAGCGAAGUCGUCGUCAUUUGUAUUCAGUCCACAAUAUAAGCACAAGGAGCCCGGAAGUCAUAUGCGAAAUAAGUCGGAGGACAUAUUUCUGCAUAGAAGAUCUCCUUCGUGGUCGGAACAGGAAUCAAAAGAGAAUGUUGUGCAAACUGAACCGCUAAAUUUGAGUUGUCGAAAGAAUAGAACCGAAGAUACUCGCGGUCGACCAAAGAUUCGCCAUCAAAGUGUGAACUCUGGGCUUAAUUUUGGAUCCCCACUUCAUCGCAACUCAUACCAAAGACAUUUAAAUGUACCUUCUCUACCACAGAAGUCGCCCGCUUCAUCUAUACCUUCGUUAUCACCGUUCAAAAACUUAAGGCUUUCGGACUCGACGAGUCCUGUGCCGCCGAGUCCUAGCAGAAAAAGGCAAGGCGGAGGUGCGUUGCGGGAUUUCGGGUUGUCUGUUUCGUACCAAGACAUGAGUGAAAGUGGUGGCGAAAUGGAUGAGUUGUCUGUGUACCCAAAACUCGGUCGGUACAACGGCGGUGUCGCUUCGCCAUCGAAACAGUCCUUGACCGAACUAGGCAACAGAAGUGAACAGAAACGGUAUUCAGCAAGCAGCUUGGCAGAUGGGGUGACUGGUACUGCGUCUUUACCUUCAAGUCCUAACCACCUAAUGCCUGCAAAAUGGAGGUAUAAACGAAACAAAGGCAAGAGCAGCCUCGCGUCUGAAUCCACGGAGAGGAUGGCUAAUAACAGCAGUAGAGCAGCAGAUGAGACAGCGAUAAACGAUGAGGCUUUUAUGGAAGGCCACGAAAAUCAUAUCUCGUCUGCUGAUGUUCACGCCUACCAAGAUGACGACCAGCUUAUUGUAAUCGCUGAGGAGUAUGACGAGAUUGAAGAAAUAGAUAUGGCAGUGGCUGACGAAGACGACACAUUCUCAACUUCUGAUAUCCAGGAUAAAAACGUAUCCCAAGACGUUCCCAAGCUUAAACUAGACUUGGUGGACCAGGAAAUUUCGCCAGUCAGAAAAAUUAACUUAUGUGAACAUAAUCUCUCGCGUUCCGCACCGCCGAGUUGUAUGACGUCACCGUCACGUGCUAAUGACGUCGAUGGAAUGGAAUCGCCGGUCACUGAUUCGAACAACAAUUUUGAAUCUGAUAAGCAAGAAGGGAAAUUUGUUGUCUUGAACAGUCUUGACUAUGAGCGAACAAAACAGCAUGUUAAAAUUGAUCGUGAAGAUUUGAAUAACAAUACAUCAGACGCCUCGUCGCCUUCCAGCAAUACAAGCGACGAAUACGAGGCCGAGGUUUCGGAACAUUUUACUCGGACCGAGGCUACAGCAAUGCAAGCAAAGGACCGUCGGAUUCAGGCUAUUUUCGAAGCGAAUGAAAAAUCACGAUCCUGUCCUGCUACGCCCACUAACGGCUCUGAGGAAAGGGGAAACUUUAACACUGAUAGCGCUCGAUCUCUCAGUUGCAUUCCGAGUGUAUUUUCUCUAUCAACGCCAAGUUGUACGACUGUUGGUAUACACUGAAUAUAUUUUAGGUACAUGGACUUCCAGUUUACCUGUCCGCGCCAUCAUUUGCACACGUUUUUAUACUUGGUCAAACGUACACUUCUGUAACCGUAGUUUUACUACUAUACUUGCACAUAACUAACCGAAAAUCUGUAAAUCUACCACAGGCUUCGAAUAUAAAACUGUUCUAUAGCACCUUUCUGUACUAAUUUACACCCAACGUACAUUUCUCAGGGGUAACUAAUAAUGUUACGGUAUUACAUUUCUUAAGAUUAAAAAUUCUACUUUUUUCUUUUCUUUUGUAAAUUUUUUAAGCUUGGCCCAUAUUUUCCGGGCCUUUACACAAUGUUUAGAGAAAGUCCAAACACGCCCGCACUAAAACACCUUUCUACGUUAAUAUAUUUAUUUUUCACCCUAACUGUAUACAAAACCUACUGUUAAAGUAUAGUCAAAUGUAAAGUACUUACCAAAUAUAAAAAUUUCAAACUGUCAUCUCAGGCCUGCUGUUGGCGAUAAACAUUGUACGUUUCAGGUUAUACGAAUUAAAUAUCCAAACUGGACAAA